AUGUACCGCAUGCGGGAAGUCCGGGCACACAGCUCCGGUGACCUGAAGACCUUGACCAAGGCCAUCAAUGAGAGCCACAGCCGCUUUCUACCCGACUCGUCUUGCAUCAACCAUGCCAAACGCAGCCAUACAUCUGGUGAAUGUAACUCGCAUAACUUCUUAUAUUCUACAUGUGGAAGAAAGGGGCACCAUCUCUUCAACUGUACCACGACCGCCGAGAGCCUCCGAGUCCAGCACAGUCGAUACCAAGCUGCUUCUGCCUGGCGACAAGCGCACCUUUGCCGACAAACUCACCCGAUAGGUGGUGCAGAAGGAGCGCGCUCAAGACCUAUCGGACUCCUUCUCCAAGCAUGCUCCCGAUUACCAAGACCUUUACCGAAGGCCAAGCUCCCAAACCUGGUAACGAUGGCUUCCCAUGGAGUCGGCUUCGCAAUGUUUCUUACCAAUGUUUGUCGACAUCAUGAAUGUGGCUCCGAAACUUUGGUCGAGUGCAUUUCUUACAUCGGGGACGAGGGAUUUGAGGAGACUAAACUUGCGAUGGACACCUCCGCCAGAUCUCUCACGAUGAAGUCUUUUGCCAUCAACUCUUUGAAGCAUCCUGAGCCUCCUAAGACGAGACUGAACCGCGAAAUCGUCAAUUUAUUUCCCCCUUUUCCCAUCAUCCAUUCAGCUCAGCCCUAG